AUUUAUCAGAAAUGGAAAAAAAUAAAGCAAAUGAGGAAGACAAGCUAUUCCACAUUGAUAAAACCUUGAACAAGAAAUCUCUAAAAGUAGAAGAUAGGAUUCAGAACAGAACAAAUCAGUUUCUAAACAAUCAAGAUGCUGAUGGUCUUAAAAAUAACAGAAGCGAUCUCAAUGAAGCGAGUAGGAAAGAGAUCAAGAACAACAAGUUUGCAAAGAAUAGAAAUUACGAGGGCAAUGACCAAUCUGAAACUGGUAAAAUAAAAAUAGCUUCGACUGAAAAUACUGAACACACUAUUAGUCAAGCACAAUCAUUGUGGGAAGAAGAAAUGACCAUUAUGGACUACUAUGAAAUUUUAAAGAAUACCAAGUUUGAGCUCUCUGAUUUUCCACUUCUUCAAGAACUUAUAAAUUCUGACAAAGAUCGCAACAUUUUAUUAGCAGUAGUUGGACUGGGGAAAUUGAUAACACUUGCUGACAAUCCUCCGAUCCAGAAUGUAAUAGACACGGACGUGUUGUCUCAGCUAAUUACUUUGGUUGGUAGGAAUGAUAUUCCCAACAUUCAAUUUGAAGCUUUGUGGUGUCUUACAAAUAUUGCGAGUGGCAAAACUGAGCAUAUGCAAGCUCUCGUUGAUAAAGGCAUUAUCCCUAUCUUUACAAGCUUUCUUGGAACCAUUCAGAAGAAUGAAUUAGGACAAGAGAUAUUCCACUGUCCUCACCCGAUGAAUAUUGUUGAAAAUAGUACAUGGGCUUUAGGAAAUAUUUCUAGUGAAAAUUCUCGCUAUAGAGCUAUGAUUCUUGACGAAAAAGCUUUAAAGUUACUGGCUAAUAUUCUCAAAAAUGCAGAACCAAACUCAAUGAUGACUAGGAAUUGCAUGUGGUGCAUCAAGCACUUGUUGAGAAAUAGGCCUUUUCCAUCAAUUGAGGAGCUUUUAUAUAUCAUUCCGAUUCUCAAUGAGUGUUUGAAAAGUAACGACAAAGAUGAGAUAAUUAUUGAUUGUGCAGGGGCUAUUUCCUAUAUCUCAAAUGCCGGAGAGCAGACAAUUAAUAAGUUUUUCGAGUUGGGAAUUAUGAACACACUUAAUCUUCACCUUAAUUCUUCUAAUGCUAAAAUAAUUCUUCCAUUAGUGAGUGCACUUGGAAAUUUCAUGACAGGAGGUGAUGAAAAGAUUCAGACUGUCAUUAAUGCUGGAAUGCUGCCUCGUCUCCAUGCUUUACUAUCCCAUCCAAAUAAAGUAAUUGUAAAGGUGGUUUGUUGGACAAUAUCUAACAUUUGUGCUGGGACUAUUAGUCAGGUUUCAGAAUUGAUAGAACUAGGAGUCAUUGACAAGAUGAUUGAUCUUGCCGACGAUGAUGACCAGAAUAUUCAGAGAGAAGCUGGCUGGGCCAUUUCUAAUGCCACUGCUUUGAGAGAUCCCGACAUUGUUUCAGAAAUUGUGAAGAGUAAAGGAAUCGAAGCUUUGUGCUAUUUAUUAAAAAGUAAGAUUGACAUCUGAUCAAAAUGAAUUCUUCUGGAAGGGAUCAGAAAUUGCCUUGAUGCUGGUCAGCUGAACCUCAUCAAUGAAGGAGAAGAUGAUCAAUUCGCUUUAAUUGUGGAGAAUUGUGGAGGCCUAGAUACGAUUGAGAGCUUUUAUACUCACGAAGAUAAUAAACUUUACAAACUCUCAGAAGAGAUUAUUGAUUCAUACUUCCUAGAAGAAGUUAGUCUUGAUGAAGAAGAAGACACUAUUCAGCAAUUCUAUUUUAUAACUAUCAACUAGAUAUUAAUGAAAGCACAGAACACCCAUAUCAAUAAAAUAUUUAAUUCA